CUUUGCUGGCAACAUAACAGAAAUGCAUUAUUUGGAAGAUGGUACUACCACUAUUGUCACGCGUAAUUAUACGAAUCAUUGCUUCUAUCAUGGCCAUGUACAAGAAUAUGCUGAAUCUGCAGUAAUUUUGAGUACAUGCUCUGGACUCAGGGGUAUUAUUUUCGUUGAAGAUAGAGCCUACAUUUUGGAACCACUGGAAGGUGCUAUGAAUGAACAUAUAAUCUAUAGACUAAAACACCCAAAUCUAAUCCUGGGCACAUGUGGCCAUCAUCUCAAUCUUACAGGUUCUACUUUGGGGGAUACUGCACAGUUUAUUCCGACGUUUACUAGCAGACGCAAAAGAGAAACUCUGAAGUCCACCAAGUAUCUCGAGCUGGUUAUUGUGGCUGAUAAUCGAGAGUUUCAGAGACAAGGCAAAGAGGAAAAAGUGAAACUGAGGCUGAUAGAAAUUGCAAACUAUGUUGAUAAGUUCUACAGGCCAUUAAAUAUUAGAAUAGUCUUGGUUGGAUUAGAAGUCUGGAAUGAUGUGGAUAAGUGUACAGUAACUCAAGAUCCCUUCACCACCCUUCAUGAGUUUCUGGAUUGGCGAAAGAUGAAACUAUUACCUCGUAAACCACAUGAUAAUGCACAACUAGUCAGUGGAAUCUAUUUCCAAGGUACCAUCAUUGGAAUGGCACCUAUACUGAGCAUGUGCACCGAAGAGCAAUCUGGAGGUGUUGUUAUGGAUCAUGCAGACAAUCCAUUGGGGGCAGCAGUAACUCUGGCUCAUGAACUAGCCAAUUUUGGUAUGAACCAUGAUACACUGGAAAGAGAUUGCAACUGCAAAACUGGACAAGGCGGCUGCAUUAUGAACCCUUCAACUGCCUAUCCAUUUCCUAUGAUGUUCAGCAGCUGCAGCAAGGAGGACUUGGAAAUCAGCUUGAAGAAGGGCAUGGGGAUGUGUCUCUUCAACCUUCCAGAGGUUAAGGAAUCAUUUGGUGGCCCCAAAUGUGGGAAUGGCUAUGUAGAAGAGAGAGAAGAAUGUGACUGUGGUGAACCUGAGGAAUGUACGAACCAAUGCUGUAAUGCGACAACCUGUACUUUAAGGCCAGGAGCAGUGUGUGCACAUGGACUUUGCUGUGAAGAUUGCAAGCUGAGGCCAGCGGGGAUUUUAUGCAGGGAUACCAGCAAUUCCUGUGAUCUUCCUGAAUUCUGUACUGGAAGCAAUCCUCAUUGCCCAGCCAAUGUUUACCUGCAUGAUGGGCACUCAUGCUAUGGGAUCGACGGGUACUGCUAUAACGGGAUGUGCCAGACUCAUGAACAGCAGUGCAUCACCCUCUGGGGACCAGGCGCUAAACCUGCUCCUGAGAUAUGCUUUCAGAGAGUCAAUUCCGCAGGAGAUCCAUAUGGAAACUGUGGCAAGGAUUCCAAAAGCACUUUUGCCAAAUGUGAACCCAGAGAUUCAAAGUGUGGGAAAAUUCAGUGUCAAGGGGGAGCCAGUCGACCUGUAAUAGGCACCAAUGCUGUCUCAAUAGAAACAAACAUCCCUUUACCAGGAGGAGGCAAAAUUCUGUGCCGAGGAACACAUGUUUACUUGGGGGAUGAUAUGCCAGAUCCAGGUCUUGUCUUGGCUGGAACAAAAUGUGAAGAUGGAAAAAUUUGUCUUAAUCGCCGCUGCCAAAACACCAGUGUAUUGGGUGUUCAUCAAUGUGCAACAAAAUGUCACGGGCGUGGGGUCUGCAACAAUAAAAAAAAUUGCCACUGUGAGGCUCAUUGGGGUCCUCCCUUUUGUGAUAAGGCAGGAUUUGGCGGCAGUGUUGACAGUGGGCCAGUUCGACAAUCUGAUAACAGAAGCUUAAUUGCAAUACUUAUAACCAUCCUCUGCCUUCUGGCGGCCAGUUUACUUGUCUACUUCAAGAGGAAGACCUUGAUUAGAGUGCUCUUUAUUAAUAAGAAGACUACAAUAGAGAAACUUAGGUCUGUGAGUCAAACAAGGCCUUCCAGUUCAUCUGAAUCUAAUCGUGUUCAUACCGCAACAUCCCUCAGUAAGAAACCAGACAAACAGCCACAAAAUUCAACCACACCCAGGAGAAACAACAUACAACAAUUGCUCCAGUAUCAGAAAAGAGAUAUUGGCUACUUUGGGAAGGCCCAGGAUGUAUCGAAAUGGAGCCCACCAGAGAGGAUCCAGCCACAUCUUUCUGAGCUUUCCAGCCAACAGUCUGUGUUUGGAAAGGGGCUGCCCACAAAGCCCCCUCUGAAAUUUGACCUGGAAUCUUGCAAACCAAGUCCUCCUCAGAAGCCUUUGCCUGCUAAUCCUCAGAACAAAGCUGUACAGUUUAAACCUAGUUCUAGGACAACGUUUGAGCUUCCAAAACCUAUGCCUCAAAUUGCUCCUGUCAGGCCUGCACCCAAACCUCCACUUCACGUGCCUAGGCCCUGCAAUGCUGCCUAUAUGAAAUGAAAUGGUGGGGAGGGAUGAACACCAUCUUUAUUCUGAAAAAAUAGAAGUUUGCACUAUUUUUCAGCUGGAAAUUAAUAUUUUUAUAUCAACCCAAUUGAAUGUUUAAUGUUCUGCAUCCCAUUGUUUUAAGAACUCUGAGCUACUGCCUUUGGUGCUAUAGUGUGUGAAGGUGGUUUGCGUCCUCGCUCAGGUACUAAUAAAUUAUUAAUUUAUACUGAUAUUUAUUACAGUGCAGAGCACUGUAGUAAAUAUUAUUUCAUCAUAAUCAAGUUUUCCUAGGAUGGAAGCCAUUUUUAUGAUGUUUAAGCAGUUUUGAACCACCCUUCAUUUUAAAUUUCACAGCAGGCUAUAUACCACCUCUCAAGUGUUCGUUGUUCCUUUUAGAUCUAUUCUAUGCAGGAUGCUGACUAGGACUGAAAUAAAAUUGCUGAGCUCAAGGGACCAAUGGAAGUUCAAAUACAGUUAUAUCUUUUGUUGUUUGCCAAAAUCUGGAGGCAAAAUUUAAUUUGGGGGGGUACAAUUUACUGGAAGAUGAAGUAAACAACUGCCAAUGCUGUUCCUAUUGAUAUUCCAUUAGAAAGAUGGAAAAAUACUAUUUACAAAAAUCAAGAGAUACUGUGAGAUUUUUCUCAUAAUUUGAAAGCUUAUAGUAAGCAAAGGCAACCAAAAAUUCACUGUGAUUACGCAUGUAUCAAAUGGACAUCCAAUCUACCUCUAGUGAACUGUGCAUAUGCAACAUAACCAUUUUUGGAGCAAAUAAUACAAAAUGUGAUUUGUGCAAAACUCAUCUCCAUCAUCAUGGUACAUAUCCACGUUAAAUAUACACUGAAUUAUCUCUUGAGGCUUAAAUACCUAUCCCAAAAAUCAGCAGUUUUAUCCAGUACCCAGAAUCCAUUUUCAAGUGUAACAGAGUCUCAGGAUUAUUUCUUAUUAAGUAUUUAUUUCAGUUCUAUAUUAGUCACCUGUUCCAGAAUUACAAUGGGUUAGAGAAAUCUUCAGAUAAAUUGUACUAACACAAGUAAUUUCUUCUUUGUAAUACACAAAAAUAGUUAGCCAUAACUGUAUAUCCUAACUCACUGUACUGUAAUGUUAAACGCCUGUUUUCCAAGAGUGUAUAGAUUUUCAAAUAGCUUUUACAGUACUGUAAUAUUGAAGACCAUUUUAAUUAGAAAUGGUGUGAAAUUUCUAUCGUAAUGCCUUUUUCAAACUUUUCAAUCUUCUCAGUGUAUCUGUAUGUGUACGAGUAUACAUAUAUAAACAUCUGCAUGCACACAAUGCCCGUGAGGUUCACACUUUGAUGAUUGGUUUCCAUCAAUACAGCACAAGGUGCUUGUCCUUUUCUUACUCUGUGGUGCAACAGACCACAUAGCCACAAAACGUAGAGACAGCUUUAUAGUUCCAUAACACCCAGUUCAGAUGCGUACUUACCAUUUAUACGAUGUUUUCAUGUGCAGAAUAACAAGUAACUCAGCACGGGAGAGAAGUUUCACUUUUUAAAAAUGUAUUACUGUAGCAGUCAUAUUUCAAAAACAUGUUUCUUACAAAUAGCUGUGCGCAGUAACAAAAAUGUAUUGUUUCAUACUAAAAGGGGGGGGGGGGAAUCAACCCAGUAAAAUGUUUUGUGAAAACCCAUUAAAGUUGGUUUGAGUACAGUGUUUAGCAUUUACAAAGACUAGAUUCCUAUAGAGGUACUGUUUUGAGUUAAGCUACCAUAUUUAGAUUGAAAAGCAGCAGACGGCUAGAUGGCAACAAAGAGACAGUCAACUCGUUGUUGUUGCAGUAACACAAUGGUAAUAGACACGUGACUCUGCCGUGACAUCACUUUUAACUCUUCACCUCCAUAUGUCCACUGAUUUUAUAAAAAUAAUGUAAUCAGUUUUUAUAUCAGGCUGUUGCCUGCCAAGAAAUUUAAAGAAUUCAACACUUAGAUUUCUGAGAGAGAAGUCAGUCAUUUCCAAUUUGCCUGCCUAAAAAUUAUUGAAUUUCCCAUGCCUCUCUAUAUAAAUGUGAGCUCUUUUAUCUGCCGUCUCUUUACAGUCAAAAAGUCUGUACCAUUUAUUUUCUCCCCUGCUAACUAGCCAAACAGCAAUUCAAGGCUUAUUUCAUUAGCAGCAUGAAUUACUGACCUACCAUCUAAAGGAUAACAGCAGCUGGGAAGCCUAAGAUAAAUGUAUUUGUCCUUGGUUUAGCAAGUUUAUAAAAAAUAACUGCAUUUUUUAUUGACAGAGCUACAUUUAUUUUUUUCCUUUCUCUUAAAAAUACUUAACCAAUUGAAUUCCUAUAUUUUACGUCUUUCCUCUUAUUAUAAAUUGACCAAUAAUAUCAUCUGUUAAUACAUAAAACUGCUUCCAGUUCUCAGAUCUUUGGGUCAUUCCAGUUGUAUAUGCAAUAUACUAUUUACCAAAGUCACUAAUCUUUGCUUCCUAGUAGAGAGAACGAGCACCAAAUGAUUUUCAUUUCUUUUUUGGUGCAUAAUUUAACUUUUCCAAUUAUUAUGCUCUGUAUCUAGGCAACAAGAGCAGUAAAGCCUAUGAAGAAACCAGGUAAAAAUAUCCAUAUCUCAAAAUAAAGCAAAAUGGGAUUAUCUAGAAAACAAUUUGCUUUAUAAACCUUGCAUAUGUUACAAUGUAAUAAUUGAUAUUUUAAUUUAUAAGGCAUUUGGAAAAUAUUAAUGUCAUAUUUAUGCUAAGUAGGAAGAGUUAUUGAUGACUGUAGAAUUGUUUUUUAAAAUAAGAUUUGGCAAGUGCUAUUAGGAUUCUUUGUAUCUUCUGCCUCUUAAAUCGUUAUAGGUUUUCUGAGAGUUGACCCUCCGUUCUCCAUGAAAAUUAAUUGCAUUUGACUAUCACUCAAAAUAAAUUUGUAAUUGCUUAUUAAAAAGAUAUUUAUUCAUCCAGCAAGAAUCCCAGGAAGAGACUGCCUAUAAAAAAUAGUAGAAGCAAAACUAUUUAAGAGAUAUAACCUUCAGUUAGAAGACACUAUGAGUUUGAGUUUUAUUUCAUUUGUAUGCCGCCCUUUUCCCUGAGGGGACUCAGGGCGGCUCACAGCUCA